AUGGAUGGAGCUGGGAUGGUGAACUCCUCGGCGGCGGUGCCCUGGCCGGCAGAGUCCUCGGAGCCAAACGGCAGCCUCCAGUACUCCUCCGCCCCGCUGCUGUUCCCCGUCAACCCCUGGGACAUCAUGCUCUGCAUGUCGGGAACUGUCAUCACCUGUGAGAACGCCAUCGUGGUGGCCAUCAUCUUCUACACACCCACCCUCCGAACCCCCAUGUUCGUUCUGAUCGGGAGCCUGGCCACUGCGGACCUCCUGGCCGGGGUGGGCCUCAUCCUCAACUUUGUGUUCCAGUACGUGGUCUCCUCAGAGGCCAUCAGCCUGAUCACGGUCGGCUUCCUGGUGGCCUCCUUCACGGCCUCCAUCAGCAGCCUGCUCGCCAUCACGGUGGACCGCUACCUCUCUCUAUACAACGCCCUCACCUACUUCUCCGACCGGACCCUGCGCUACGUGCACAGCAUGCUGCUCUUCACGUGGGGGGCGUCGCUGGUCCUAGGCCUGAUGCCUGUGCUCGGCUGGAACUGUCUGGGCGCGCCGGACACUUGCAGCAUCGUGCGGCCGCUGACCCGCGCCAACCUGACGAUGCUCGCCGCCUCCUUCUUCCUCAUCUUCGUGCUCAUGCUGUCGCUCUACAUCCGGAUCUGUAAGAUCGUGUGCCGCCACGCGCAGCAGAUUGCCCUGCAGCAGCACUUCUUCAGCGCCACGCACUACGUGGCCACCAAGAAGGGCGUGUCCACACUGGCCAUCAUCCUUGGCACCUUCGGCGCCAGCUGGCUGCCCUUCGCCACCUACUGCCUGGUGGGCCAGAGGGCGUACCCGGCAGUGUAUACCUACGCCACGCUGCUGCCCGCCACCUACAACUCCAUGAUCAACCCCAUCAUUUAUGCCUAUCGCAACCAAGAGAUCCAGCGGGCCCUCUAUCUGCUGCUCUGCGGCUGCUUCAGGGACGCAGCCUACCGCUCCAGGUCGCCCAGUGACGUCUGAGCUUGAGAGGGUGUGUGUGUGUGUAUGUGUGUGGUGUAUGUGUGUGUGUAUGCGUCUGUCUGUCUGUGCGUCUGUCUGUCCGUCAAUGUGUGCCUCUGUCUGUCUGUCUUGUGUGCGUAUGUCUGUCUGUCUGUCUGUCAGUGUGUGCGUCUGUCUGUUUGUCUGUCCGUUUUUUUAUGGGUGCAUAUGUGUGUGUGUGUGUGUGUGUUUCUGGGGAGAGAACCCAUUGUGCAUCCAUUGACAUUCUGUUACUUGACGCACCAAUGAAUGUGUGACGCUACAAAUUUUGAUCUCACGCAUGUAUGCACUUUAUCACGUCUUUAAAACAAAAUAAGAUGACGUUUAAAUGCUGUGAACAAGGUCUGAUUUUGGAAAUAGGCAAAUAAAGCUGUAAUCUUGCACUUUAUUAAAUGUAAAAAUGCCAAUGCAUCGGCCUAUUGUGUGUUAAAAAGUUUGUCAGUAUUGUGGGUCAUUUUCUAUUUUGUAUUGUUCCAUCUAUGAUUAUUUUUAAAAGGAAUAUAUUAAUAAAACUGA